UCCCAUACCCUCCGGUCGCCGCCACGGUGGUCGCCGGUCCUGGCCACUCAUCGCUCCCUGGGGAAGAGACAUAGUUGGAGUGGAGUCCUUGGCGUUGGGAAAUCGAUGCUUGUGUUGUCGCAGAAGUCGUCGAGGACCGAAUCCAGAUGUUCCGUGAGACCGAUACCACCUUGUCCUGCUUCUACCUUUUCUUGCUCUGGCUCUUUUUCCGACAGUAGCAAAGAACUCGAUUCCAAAGUGUAGAGGAUUAGUCCGAGAUCAAGCGUAGGUCAAAUCGGAUAAGAAAGGCUGGACUUUUGGUGAUAUUGGUGGAAGAGGAAGGAUGUUGGACCUCAACGUGGCUUCCGCAGGCGAGUCGACCUGUGUUGGAGAGAAGCCCAUACUCGAAGGUGCCGGUGGUGGGCACAUAGUUUCUUCGGAGACCUCCGAAUCAUGUGUCCAUAAUGCUGAGGCAUCGACCAAUGCAGCUGACGAGAAUUCGUUCUCCACACGGCAGGUAGGUGCACCCGCCAUGGAGUUUGGCAUCUUGAUGAGCUCCGCGUCAGCUGAAGGCGAGAACGAUGUCGAUGAGGGGAUCGAGGUCGAUAGAAAUGAUGGCGUACAAGAGCCGGGACUAAUCACCAGGCAACUGUUUCCACCUGAGCCGGUGGUAAUGAAUGGGCUGCGACCGUUCGUGGAGGCAUCUUUCCUGCCAUCAUCAUCGAGCCCACAGUGGAAGGAUCUUAGCUUCUAUCAGGCUAAUGUUCCAACAAAGGUGACAGUUUUACAUCAGCAACAAUGGCAGCAACAACAACCAAAGCCUCAGCAACAGCAGGUGAAGCGGAGUAGGAGGGGGCCUCGCUCCCGAAGCUCUCAGUACAGGGGGGUUACGUUCUACCGGAGGACGGGGAGAUGGGAAUCCCACAUCUGGGAUUGUGGGAAGCAGGUCUAUUUGGGAGGGUUUGACACUUCUUAUGCUGCUGCAAGGGCAUAUGAUCGAGCUGCUAUCAAGUUCCGGGGAGUCGAUGCUGAUAUAAAUUUCAAUCUUAGCGACUACGAGGAAGAUCUGGAACAGAUGAGGAAUUUGUCAAAGGAAGAGUUUGUGCACAUACUUCGCCGACAAAGCACUGGAUUUACAAGGGGAAGCUCCAAAUAUAGAGGGGUGACCCGUCACAAGUGUGGUCGCUGGGAAGCUCGCAUGGGACAGUUGCUAGGCAAGAAGUACAUAUAUCUUGGGCUAUUCGACAGCGAAAUAGAAGCUGCAAGGACUUAUGACAAGGCUGCUAUUAAAUGUCAUGGGAAGGAGGCAGUCACCAACUUCGACCCGAGGACAUACGUGGAAGAUCUGCUUGCUGGGGCUGGCUCCGAGGGCCAUAAUGUUGAUUUAGACUUGAGGAUUUCUCAACCUAUUGUCGACAGUCCAAAGAACGUUAAAAAUCCAACAGAUAUCAUAUCCUCCUAUGGCCCAUUUGGAGCUACUGCUGCAGAAAAGGCAAACAACCCUUCUUGGCAUCCAACCUCUGUUCCACAGCACAAUAAUUUGCGCCUUCAAAAUUUUCAUGCCUGGACUGCUCGAAAUCCUGCUUUCCAUUCCAACACUGAGGAAAGAGUUGGAGAAAAGUGGCUCAUGGUGGGGAUGCAAGCUCUUCCAAACUGGGAAUGGCAGAUGCAUGGCCCAACUUUAUCACCCCUCUUCUCUCCUGCAGCAUCAUCAGGAUUCUCGACUGCCAGCGUAACAGCUGCCAUUACUGCCCUAAAUCUACCAGCUUCAGCAACGCCUCCGUUUCCUCCCACCAGAUAAGACAUCUAAUUACCAUUCCAAAAGCUCAUGUAAUGUGUGCAGGAUGGUCAACUACAACCGUGUCAUCAUGUUUCAUCAUCUACAUGAAUCGAAAGCCAUUUUGGGUGACAAUGCAGUGGGUGGCAUCUUUGUAGUUGAAUGUAGAUUCUUCUUCAUACACACCUCAAUGGCAUGUAGAAGAUACGUAAAUCUUGUUUGUCUGCCUGCCUGCGUAUUAAUAUGAAUAGCUGGGAGAUUGCAACA